AUGGAACAUCCUACCUCGAGCUCAGACACGGCCUCUAUCCUCUCAGGAUCAACCGUCUUCUCCAAAGAAGCCCAAGUCUCCAUCUCAGACUCACCGACAAAAGCCGAAAUAGACACCUCGACGACCAAUGAUUCAAAGCAGCAGCAGCAGCAACAACAACAACAACAACAACAACAACGCAAAAGCAUGCGACAAAGAGUCCGCAACGUUGUCACUGAUCUCGGACGUCCACCGACUACAAGAGAUGAUUUGAAGAGCGGUAAUGCGACGCAGAAGCAUGUUAAUGUUGGGCCUGCUUCCGGCACGGUUCUAAUGGGUUCUACGACUGUUUAA